UUGGCGUGUAGUUGUCGUACAUGUUGUCGCUGGUGCUGCUGGUGACGGGGAGCUCGCUGGGGGCGGCAUCCACAGGCCCCGUGAUGCUCAUCCUAUUGAGGCUACUCGCAGGCCUCGGCGCCGUCGCCGUCUACCAAAUUAUAUUCGUUCUUUGUGCUGAAUACAUGCCUCAGCAGCACCGCAGUGUCGUCGGGCUGCUGAUCAGCGUAAGCUUCGCUCUGGGCGAGGCGACCGUCGGCGUCUACGCCAUCUUCAUCCGGCGCUGGCGGAUGCUGCAGCUCACCAUAUCUCUGCCCAUGUUUGCUCUGGGCAUCAGCUACUGGAUAGCGCCGGAGAGCGCGCGUUGGCUGAUCACUCAAGGGCGUGAGCAGGAAGCUGAGAUCAUCGUGCGAAAAAUGGCCAGGUUCAACAAAACUUCCAAUUUUGAAAUCAUCUACCUGCAAGAGAGGACCAAUAUGUCACCUGAUGACGCUAAACAAGAAAGCAGAAACGUCUUGAAUUUACUGAAAACGCCUAAUAUGAGGACGCGCUCGUUGAUCCUUUUCUACACCUGGUUCACGACGUCGAUGGUCUACUACGGCGUCUCCCAGAACGUUGGCAACCUCGAGGGAAAUAUUUUCGUCAAUUUUAUCGCCACGAUGCUCAUCGAAAUACCUGCAACUCUUCUAAUUGCAAUUUUUUUCGACAGACUUGGUCACAAAGUGUGUCUAUUGGCGUCGGUUCUAAUAGCCGGGGCUGGCUGCUUCAUUACUGCCUUCCUGCCUGCCGAGGCGUCCACCGCCAUCGUGGUGCUGAGCCUCAUAGGUAAGUUCGGAGCAGCUGCAGCGUACAGCGCGCUGUACGUGUACGCCAGCGAGGUGUUCCCUACGUCGCACCGCAGCACAGGGCUCGGCUGCUGUACCAUGGUCGCUGGGGCCGCCGGUGUCAUAGCUCCUCUGGUCGACCUGCUGGUAUUCUGCACCUCCUACGACCCGCGGUCUGCAGGGGAAGAGGAGGCAGAUGAAGUUACGGAAGUUAUAGCAGAUAAAGACAAGGUCGACGCAGAACUUGCCGCAAAAAAUAAAAAAGACGUAAAACUUGCUGCAAAAAAUGAAAACAGCGUAGAACUUGCCGCAGAAGAAGAUGACGACAUAGAACUUGCUAACACAAAAGAUGAUAUCAACGUAAAGCUUGCCGCGAAAGAUGUAAACAACCUAGAACUUGCCAGAAAAGAUGAAACCGACGUAGAACUUGCCAUCACAAAAGAUGAUUUUAACGUAUAA